CGCCUCCCCUGAGGACCGCUCCCCUCGCGGCGUCUGCGCCUGCGGGUCCGCGCCCCGGGAGGCCUGUGGAGCACCGCCCCUGAGACCGUCUGCAGGACGUCACCAGUGAAAAUGAAGAGCCUUUUGCUGCCGCUGUUAUUCCUGUGCGCGGCUCAGAGCCAGGUGCCACCGAAGCCCAACUUUGUCCUCAUCAUGGCAGACGACCUGGGCAUCGGCGACCUUGGCUGCUACGGAAACAAGACCCUCAGGACCCCCAACGUGGACCGACUGGCCAAGGAGGGAGUCAAGCUCACCCAGCACCUGGCCGCCUCCCCGCUGUGCACGCCGAGCAGGGCGGCCUUCAUGACGGGCCGGUACCCCAUCCGAUCAGGGAUGGCGUCUCAGACCCGCGUGGGAGUUUUCCUCUUCUCGGCCUCUUCCGGGGGCCUUCCCGGGAGCGAGGUGACGUUCGCCAAACUUCUGAAGAGCCAAGGCUACGCGACAGCUCUGAUAGGGAAGUGGCACCUGGGAACGCACUGCCACAACAAUAGCGACUUCUGCCACCACCCGUCCAGCCACGGCUUCGACUACUUCCACGGCAUCCCCGUCACCAACCUGAGGGACUGCAAGCCGGGCCAGGGCAGCGUCUUCACCUCGGCCAUCCGGAAUCUGGUCUUCGUGCCCCUGCAGGUCAUCGCGCUCACCCUGCUCACCCUGGCGGCCCUGCGCUGGCUGGGGCUGCUGCGCGUGCCCGGCCUCGUCUUCGCCUGCCUCCUCCUGCUGGCGGCCGCCCUCCUCGGCGCCCUGCUCUGCUUCCUGCACUACUUCCGGCCCCUCAACUGCUUCCUCCUGCGGGACCGCGACAUCACCCAGCAGCCCCUGUCUUAUGACAACCUGACGCAGAGGCUGACGGAGGACGCCGCCCAGUUCAUCCGACGGAACGCAGACACACCCUUCCUGCUCAUGUUUUCCAGUCUUCAGGUGCACACCGCCCUCUUUUCGUCCACGGACUUUGCCGGGAAAAGCAAACACGGCCUUUACGGGGACGCGGCUGAGGAAAUGGACUGGGGCGUCGGGCAGAUCUUGAACGUCCUCGAGGAGUUGAGACUGACGAAUAACACCCUCGUCUACUUCACGUCGGACCAAGGAGCCCACGUGGAAGAAGUGUCCACCAAAGGAGAGGUCCACGGAGGGAGUAACGGGAUCUACAAAGGAGGGAAAGGAAACAACUGGGAAGGAGGAAUCCGGGUGCCGGGCCUCCUGCGGUGGCCGGGGCUGAUCCAGGCCGGAGUGGAGAUCGACGAGCCCACCAGCAACAUGGACAUAUUCCCCACGGUGGCCAAGCUCGCGGGGGCGGCGCUGCCUGAGGACAGGAUCAUCGAUGGCCGGGACCUGAUGCCCCUGCUUGAAGGGAAAAGCCAACGCUCGGAGCAUGAGUUCCUCUUCCAUUACUGCAACUACUUCCUCAACGCUGUGCGCUGGCACCCGCCUAACAGCUCGUCCAUCUGGAAAGCCUUUUUCUUCACGCCCAAUUUCACCCCCGAGGGCGCCAACGGCUGCUUCUUCACGCACGUGUGCUUCUGUUUCGGGCAUUUUGUCACCCGCCACCACCCGCCGCUGCUCUUUGAUCUCUCCAAAGACCCCAGGGAGACGACCCCGGUGACCCCGGACACCGAGCCCCGGUUCUGGGACAUCCUCGACACCAUGCAGCAGGCGGCCGACCGCCACACACACACCGUGCAAGAGGUCCCCAACCAGUUGUCCUCGCAGAACCUUCUCUGGAAGCCGCGGCUGCAGAUGUGUUGCUCCUCGUCCUCCGCCCUGUCGUGCCAGUGUCCCCAGGGGAAGCAGGGCAGGGGAGGGAGCCGGUAGCCCCGGGUGCCAGGGGAUGUGAGCGACGCACAGUGCCCGCCCCGCCCCUCCCGUGACAGAGGCACGGGCGGAGAGCCACUGUGCAAACGCAGCACAGCCAGCGCCUUGGACUGGGAUCCCUUCUCUCUUUAGGCACCCAAGGGCCCCUCAAGAGCCCCACAGGGACCCCGUGGGCAGAAAAAUCAAGGGUACCAGGACGGAGAGGGACAAAUGCUGGGCGGAUGCCUUCCACGGUCAAGUACGUGCCCUUGUGUAAAUGCACGAGGGCGCAAAAUGGGGUCCCACUGCAGGGUAGGCAGAGGCGAAGGCGGCGCGCAAGGUCGCCUACGUGCCCUGCCGCGCAUGGGCGUGAGCGGCCGCCGGAGGCUCCGUUCAUUCCACCCUCCGAUGCGAUGCCUCAGGCGGCGUGACCCCGCCGGGUCCCCAGUGCCGCAGAGCACGGUUUACCGAGCGGUCUGUGAACCUUGACCUAUGCCGGGGGAGAGUGCGUGAAGAACCCUCUCUUGGACUAGUCACAGAUACCGCCACGUUCCCAUCGAGUGACUGGAAGGCGAUCGCUAUCAGUAUUAGUGAGAACACGCCAAAUAUUAUUCGCAAUGGAUGUAUUUAUAGAGGCACCAAUUCUUUCUUUCCUCAAGCAAGCGAAGAGAUUUAAAAUACGGAACUAGCUGAUAAUCACUAUUUCACUAAAAUCGGUAGACAGCCAGGAUAGAUAGACUUUUACUUUUAAUGGGGAUUUCUCGUGCCAGAAAUUGCUCAAAAAUGUCUCAUACUGUUUAAGAAACGAUUCUUGUCGAAGAGCGCAUUGGCAUGUGAAUGAUGUCUUAGGAUUAUUGCUGAUAUUAUCAUACAUAAGUUAUGGAAAGCCACUGUAUGAGCUUACUUUUUAAGAUAAUCAUGUUCACUCAAAGCUUAAGGUAUUCAAUACAAAGGCACUUCCAGACACUUUAUGAGGUGGGACUGUGUGUCGGAGGGUUUAAUAACUUGAAGCAUGUACAUAGAUAACAUAAACAUAUAUUUAUGUAUAGAAUUAACUGUUUAAUCUGCACAAUGUUAAGAGAAAAUGAAGGAUACAUAUCGUACAAAUGGAAAAUUGAAUGAUUUUGCUCAGGAGAGACCUUCUCUAUUUUUAUUUUUCUAAAGAAGUUUUAUCAAAUUCAUCGAGGUGAUGAUCGUGGCUAAGAAAAGGACAUAGGUUUCAGGGGCACAAUUCUAUAACACGUCACCUGUAUAUUGUGUUGUGUGUUCACCCCCCCCAGUGACGUCUCCUUCCCUCACCACGUGUCCCCCCCAUUUACCCUCUUCUACCUCCCCCAUCCCCUUCUCUCCGGUCAUCACCCUCCUGCUGUCUGUGUCUCUGAGUUGGUUUUUUGUUUGUUUUAUUCUGCGGAAGACCUAAUUUCAGCCACUUGCCUUCACAGCAUGCAUUGGUAGUCAUUCCUGAGUUAUAGAGCCAAGUCUUAGUGGACUCGGAAGCUUUAAGCACAUCCUAACCCUUUAUCUUCCGAGCAUUUCAACAGUCAACCUAUAGCGGGCGCUAUUUUACACGGUCGUGAACUCAGCGUGAAGGGCGGGCUCAUGGCCCACGAAGCCCAGUCAUGAAGGACUCAGGAGACAAGGCCGACGUGAGCUGCGCCGUGAAGGAAGGCGGCAAGG